AAAAAAAAAGCAAACAAAGAUGCUGGCUCUAUAAGCACCAGGCAGCAGGACAGAUAACAUUAGGAGGGUUUAGCUGAACGGCUACCCGCUUUAACACGAUCUCUCUGUGCUUUUUUAAAUGUUUUCACAACAGGGAGCCUUUUUUUUUCGUUGAAUGUCGAAAGAAUUUCAGAUGGAUGUGUGUGCCUUAGUUAGGUGUCCCUCAGUUGUUGUUGUUAGCCGCUAAAGCUAGCUGUAGAAGUUGCGAGCUAGCUGGCCUAGCAAGCAGCAGAAAGAUACCGAGGGACUUCAGUUUAAUGUGACAUGCUCAGCUUUCAGCGGUGAGUAAACCGUUCAGCUCAUGGAGACAGUGUGCCUGGAUGGCAGUAGUUGGGGAACCGAGGCUUUAGCUGAGCUGUGGAAGUGCCUAUCCCUAUAGGUUACUUUAGCUUCCCACCAUAGCCUCCUCCACUCCUCGGAAGAAUGAGCAGAAAACAUCAUCACAUAAAAGGAGCCGAAGUCAGCUGCUGCGUCAAAUACUUCUUAUUUGGAUUCAACAUCCUAUUCUGGUUGCUAGGAGCAGCAUUCUUGGGGAUAGGCCUGUGGGCAUGGGAGGAGAAGGGCGUCCUGUCAAACCUGUCAUCGAUCACAGACCUCGGCGGCUUUGACCCCGUCUGGCUCUUCAUCGUCGUGGGAGGGGUCAUGUUUGUCCUGGGCUUCGCCGGCUGCAUCGGAGCGCUCAGAGAAAACACCUUCCUGCUUAAAUUCUUCUCCGUGUUCCUCGGUUUGAUCUUCUUCUUGGAGCUGACUGCAGGGAUCCUCGCCUUCGUCUUCAAGGACUGGAUCAAAGACCAGCUAAACUUUUUCAUCAACAACAACAUCAAGGCUUACCGGGAUGACAUCGACUUACAGAAUCUCAUCGACUUCGCCCAGGAAUAUUGGUUGUGCUGUGGAGCUCAUGGGCCUGAUGACUGGAACCAGAACAUGUACUUCAACUGCACUAACAAGAAUCCCAGUAGAGAGCGCUGUGGAGUCCCCUUCUCCUGCUGUGUCAAAGAUCCUGCUGAGGAUGUCAUUAACACGCAGUGUGGUUAUGAUGUUCGGCGUGAACAGGAGCUGGAACGGCAGAGAUUCAUUUACACCAAGGGCUGCGUGGGACAGUUUGAAAAGUGGCUUCAGGACAACCUGAUUUUUGUUGCUGGGAUCUUUGUUGGCAUUGCACUUUUACAGAUUUUUGGCAUCUGCCUCGCUCAGAACCUGGUGAGCGACGUCAAAGCCGUUAAAGCCAACUGGUGACAUGAGCCCCACAGCACAUGGCGGGCCGAGCCCCCCCGCGGCACACUUACUUACCGUCCAGGUGUGGAUGGAGAGCCACCAUUUGUACAGACAACAAGAAAAAAAAAAAACUCUCCUGUUCUUCUGGGACACUUGAAACGGGAAGAAAAGUAUUCAAUGCAAACCAAACAGCACAGAUUUUAACCCAAAUAUAAAAGAAGACAGAGCGGCCGACUGGAAGGCUGAUUUUUCUUUUAUUUCUUUUAUUAUUUUUUCCCAAAUUUUCUGUUUUUUUUAUUCUUUUCUUUUUUUUAUAGUUAUGUUUAUGCCUCAGAGAUGCACAAAGGCCCUCUGUCAUCUGGAAAGCCAUGGAUGGAAGUGAGGUGAUAAAACCAAUAAACUGAGUUUCUUUCCACAGGUCAGACAUCCCAGAUUAUUUUCUUAUUUUUAUUUUUUUAACUCUUUCACCUCCACAUCCCACUUUAGAGGAGGAUGUUUGACCUUCCAGUCAGCUUGCAUGUUAUUUCCUCUCUUCCAUGUGCAACUUAAAGUAUAAAAAACAUUAUAUUUGAUUUUUUUAAAUAUAAAAGAAAGUGCCAUUAUUAACCUGUUUUUGUCUCAUAUAUUACAUUUGUCCUUUCUGCCCCCCCGUUACCUCAGGACCUGGUUGAAGAAUUGUUCUUUCUGCCACCGGGAUGAAGGCAAAUCCUUAGUUUCAGUUUCUGUUGAAGAUGGAUAGAGCAACUAAAUGCAGUAAAACGGGGACAGUCCUCUGGAGGUCACCCUGUUUGCCCUUCAGUGAUGGAUGUUUGAUUUGUCGCCCAGUAGCUUGUUGUGGCGGGACCUGCGGGUCAGUGCCAUAUAAGGAAAAUGGGUUUUACGCUAAAGAUGUCUGAGCAUCCCUGUGGGGCGUGGGAUUGCUGGUUCGGGGCCUUUUGUUGACUUAUGUCACCACUUUUUGUCUUAUAAUCUUUCCUCUGCAUUAAUUAUCAUUUAAAUAUGUCUUUCUUUUUCUCAGGCUUUCUUGAUUUUUUUCCACUUCCAGAUACUUAUAUUACUAAAGUCUUUUAAUUUCAUUAAUGGCUUCAAUAUGUAGGUGGAAAUAAAAUUUAACGGAGACCAAAUAUUCAGCCGACCAUUAGAGAUUUCAUCUGAAUUACAAAAAAAAAAAAAACAUUUUGAUAGAAUGUGAAAUUUGGAAGUGCCA